AUCAGAAUCAAGACAUUCAUCUACAGAAGAGUUAACGAGCGACGAGAAGAGCGACGAAUUAACGACAUCUAUCUUCAAAUCACUUCAACGCGAUCUGAAACAACAUAACUUUUAGACAACUUUGUGUGACAAAAUAAAAAUGUAUCCAUCCAGUCCUUCAUCAAGUAGCUCCCUGAAAUUCGACUCACACUGCUCCUACCCGGUCCCAACGGGCUAUGAGUUUGUGCGAAUCCUGGGACAAGGCGGCUUCGGGACGGUGCUUGAGUGCACGAACAAGAAAAGUGACGAGACUGCGGCAGUAAAGGUUUUCACACAGAUCAGACAUGCACAGUGGGAGGCUCGUAUCAUGAGGAUCCUCAUGCAGUACAAGAUGGACUCCUCCAACAUCAUCAAAUAUCAGGGGGCUUUUUCCGACAGCGAGACAAUGAGCCUGAUUUUUGAGUUGUUGGACAUCACCCUUGAGGAGUAUCUGAAUAUGUUCAAAACCAAAGUGAAAAUGCGACUGGAGGACAUCCGGAUUGUUAUUCAACAGAUGGCCGUAGCUUUCGACGCCUUGAAGAGUGUUGGUGUAAUCCACGGGGACCUGAAGUUAAACAACAUCAUGAUGGUGGAUCACGUGAGCCAGCCCUUCAAGAUCAAACUAAUAGACUUUGGUUUAGCUAUGUUCAGGUGGAAUACAACACCAGGAAAGCCUCUCCAGACACCUCAAUACAGAGCUCCAGAAAUCAUACUGGGGCUGCCAUUUUCAGAGGCCAUUGACAUCUGGUCACUGGGCUGUGUCAUGGCUUACUUGAUGUUAGGUGUUAGACUCUUUCCAUCCAAGACAGAAUACACGGCACUCAGAUUCAUGACUGAUCUCCUGGGUCCACCACCACAGCAUCUACUUAGGUUUGGGAGCAAAACGGGUUUGUUUUACAAGAAAGUAGACGGCCAGUGGCAGAUGAAGACCAAUGAGGAAUACUGCCAGGAGUGGGGCAAGGAGGAGUCUUCACUAAACAACAGGAGUUACACGUUCUGCUCCCUGGACGAAACAAAAGCGAUGCGUCUGGAGACAGAUAACCCUACAGAGGCUGAAGAGAGGAGGGAGUGUGUUGAGCUGCUGAAGGCGAUGCUCCAGUGGGAUGAGAAGGACAGGAUCACCCCCAGUGGUAUCCUCAAACAUCCCUUCAUCACCAAAAGCUACCUGAACAACACUUCCGACCUCAGUGGGCCCAGCAGCAGUGAACCUGAAGGCACCACCAGCCACAAUCACAUGGACGUGGGGACUCAAACUGAAGACAAUAUAAGUGAGGCUCUGCCACCAGGAGUCAUCUUGGUUCAGCCUGCAGACCCUGAGAACAGGAUCCACUUUGAGGAUGAGCCUAAAGAGGACCCUGGCCUGAGGUAAAGGUCUUUCUUCUAGCGAAACUCAUGGCU